UCUUCGUUUAAGUUUGCAAGCACGUUAAUUUUGACUUGGUUAUGUUUAGUAUCUUCACUAGUUUUUAUUUUAUUAGGAUCAAUUAAACGAAUAAUAAAUAUGGAUGUUAAUAUGGAUACAAGUGAAGCAUUAAUCUUGCCUCAAAAGAAGUUCUAUCGACAACGCGCUCAUUCCAAUCCAAUUGCUGAUCAUUGCAUUGACUAUCCCAUAAGCCCCAAACACAUGAACUGGGACAAAUACUACACAAAUAUAAAAGAGAAAAAAGUUGAAUUUGCUGACAUUGGUUGUGGCUAUGGUGGUCUACUCAUCACAUUAUCACCUAUGUUUCCUGAUACAUUAAUGCUGGGCAUGGAGAUUAGAGUCAAAGUUUCUGACUAUGUCAUGGAUAGAAUUGCAGCUCUAAGGGAACAAAAACCAGGAGAGUACCAGAAUGUUGCUUGCAUAAGAACCAAUGCAAUGAAAUAUUUACCCAACUAUUUUGAAAAGGGACAAUUGAAAAAGAUUUUCUUCUUAUAUCCAGAUCCACAUUUUAAAAAGGCGAAACAUAAAUGGCGCAUUAUCAACAAGACACUUUUAGCAGAAUAUGCCUAUGUUGUAGCAGAAGGUGGUAUUAUUUACACAGUAACUGAUGUAAAAGAUUUACAUGAGUGGAUGGUCAUGCAUUUUGAAGAACAUCCUUUGUUCAAAAGAAUUACAGAAGAAGAAUUGAAAUCUGAUCCUGUUGUUGAAAAACUUUUUGCCAGCUCUGAAGAAGGCCAGAAAGUGACAAGGAACCAUGGUGAUAAAUUUUUGGCUGUAUUCCGACGGAUUGCGGAUCCAUUUAUUAGUUAAUAAUAAUUGACGGUUAUAAUAUUGUUGUAUAAAUUUAAACUGUA